AUGACGAUUGCUGCUUCAGUUGAUACAAGUAACGAUGUCGCAUCUCCUACCCCGGAUGAUAUUGAACAACAAAGACCAAGAUUUGAACCAAGGUAUAAACAACACUUGACCAAUUCAGCGUUCCAAAACCAUUUAAUUGCAUUUUUGGGUGAGUUCUUUGGUACAUUUAUCUUCUUAUGGACAGCUUUUGUCAUUGCUCAAAUUGCAAAUCAAGAUCCAACUAUCCCGCCAAAAGGUCAAGGCUCGGAUCCAAUGCAAUUGCUUAUGAUCUCAUUUGGAUUUGGAUUCGGAGUUAUGAUGAGUGUAUUUAUGUUUUUCAGAGUUUCCGGUGGUAACUUGAACCCGGCUGUGACUUUGACUUUGAUAUUGGCCCAAGCAGUUAACCCAAUUAGAGGUGUGGUUAUGAUGGUUGCCCAAGUCAUUGCAGGUAUGGCUGCUGCUGGUGCUGCAUCUGCAAUGACUCCUGGUCCAAUUGCAUUUGCCAAUGCAUUGGGAGGCGGAGCUUCAAGGUCAAGAGGAGUCUUUUUGGAAGCCUUUGGUACUUUUAUUUUGUGUUUUACCGUAUUGAUGAUGGCCGUUGAAAAGUCAAGAGCAACAUUUAUGGCUCCAUUUGUAAUUGGUAUUGCCUUAUUCUUGGGCCAUUUGGUUUGUGUUUAUUACACGGGAGCUGGUUUGAAUCCUGCUAGAUCUUUUGGUCCAUGUAUCGCAAAAAGAUCUUUCCCAAACUACCACUGGAUUUACUGGGUUGGCCCUAUUUUAGGUGCCGUCUUGGCAUGGGGUGUUUGGAGAUUACUCAUCUUGUUGGGCUAUAAAACAUGUAACCCAGGUCAAGAUUCGGAUGAGUAA